AUGAGCGACAAAACCAAGGAGGGGAAGAAAUCCCCCUCGGAAGAUGAGAAGGAUAAGGAAUUUGAAGAGAAAAUAAAAAAUAUGACCGUAGAUGAACGAGUGAAGAACGCCCUAAACCUUAAGCUAGAGGGCAACAAUGAAUUUAAAAAUAAAAAAUAUGAAGAAGCCAUCAGCAAAUACAAUGAAGGAUUGAAGUACAUAAAAAAAUUAGAAAAUAAAAAUGAAAAAAUGAUUGAACUGGAAAUCGCCUUUUACCAAAACAUGAGCAUAUGCUAUUCGAAUGUAGAGAAUUAUAAUGAGGCAUAUGAGUAUGUGAAAAAAGUACUACAACUGGAUAAGGACAAUGCAAAAGGGUUGUUCCGAUUAGGACAAAUUGAAUUCAACCGAUGUAACUUUGACGUUGCCAAGGAGAAGGUACAAGAUUUUAUUAAAGCACACCCAGACAAUAUAGAAGCGAAAAAGCUGCUUAAAAAUAUCCUCAUAAAACAAAACGAACACAACAAAAAACAAAAGGAGGCCUACUCCAAAAUUUUCGAAAAGGCUUCUGGGCUGUACGAUGAUAGAGAGAAGGAAAUACAAAGAAAGAAAAAGGAAAAAUAUGAAAAUUAUUUGAAAUCUUGUGCAGAGAAGAAUGAAAAGAUUCUCGACUUUGACGAGUGGGAAGCUAUGGAGAGGGAGAAGCAAAAUGAGGAACAGACGGAGAAGCAGAAGCAGGAAGAGGAGAAGAAGCAAAAGCAGAAGGAACAGCAGAAACAAAAUAAGGCGGAAAAGAAAAAGUCAAAGUAUAAUGAUAAUAUGAAGAAAAAAAGUGACUCACUUACAUCCAACACAACGAAUAACUCGUCCUGCCUAGACAUAGACGAGGAAGACCAAAAAAUAAUCGACGAGACAAAAAAAAUGGGCUACUGUUAUUUUAAAAAAGAUAUAAAAGAAGAUGAUAAAAAAUUUUUUGAAAAAAAUAUGCCUCAAAAAAUAGAAAAUGGCAUUAGUGAUGAUUACAAUUUGUAUAGCUCUGAAAAUAAAGCCAUCUCGUCGUGGAACGCUGCUGGCACUACAUAUGAAGAAAAGGACAUGAGCAAGUGGGCCAAGCAAAAAUUAGAGCAGUGCCUUAAAAAUAUCCAUUUUAAAAAUACAGAAAAAUCAGACUUGCUAAAUUUAAAUAACCAAAACGAAUAUAACCUGUUGAAUGCAGAUUAUCCUGAAAUCCUACCAAUACAAUAUUUGUACAAAAUUGAACUCAAGGAGAUAAAAGAUCUCAACGUCGAUGCACAAAUCGUUGUUAUACGAGGCACAAAGAGACACAUCUUCGAGCUCUCAUGUAAUUUAUACGUAACCCUAAACAUUAAUAUCACUGAAUUUCACACACAUAAAAUUAUCGUCCAAAUAAAUGAACUCUCUAGCGAACUAGAAGCAGGAAAAACAUGGAAGGACUACAUCACUGUGAAGAAAAAUGAUAAAUUAAAAGUUCCAGAUAAAUUAUUCAACAAUAUCUACGAGCUUCUCAUCGAGAAGGUGGUCAACCAGGUCAAGUACUUCACAGAGGAGUAUAGUAAGAUGUGA